AUGUCGUUCAACAUGAAUACCUCAGAGUCUCUUCGUCUCCCUUUCGCCCUUCGAAGCACCUAUCGACAAUACAAGACCGACAACAGCGCCCUUGUCAAAUGGCUGGUCGAAGCUUCGAGCAGAUACUGGGACUUCUACAAAAGAAUCCCUCCAAGAGAGCUUCUCUCCAUGGCCAUGGACAUAAAGUCCUGUAGGAUUGAAGUUCCAGGAGCAAUCCUCGACAAGUUGCGGUCGGUCUUGUGGAUGAGACGGCGUUGUUCUGACUGGUUUAACUCCAGGGCAGAGUCAGCUGGGGAUCUGGUGUCGAACGAAACACACCAAUUCUAUAUCGAGACCCUUGAAAAGAUACUCGAGACGUUGUCAUCAGCUCCGCCCCCUGCCCCUUUUUCCGACACUUCCACCAUCGCCUCGGUCAAGGUUGCAGCCAAACGACGUUACCAAUCCUACGUGACCGAUGAGUCCGAAGACGUGUCCACGGCAAGCUCACACUUAAGCAACUUGAGGCUGAACCCCUAUGAUCCUCUGCAAGCCCACACCGAAAACUUCCCGGUUGAUGACACGGAGAACGUCAACGAAGAGAGUGGCAGCGAGAACAUGGAAUAUGAGGUCGAGCUCGUGUCUCCGGAAGAAGAGAAAGUGUUCAGAUGUUUCUGCAUUCUGGGGGACCUGAACAAUUUGCGGACGUUUAUCAAAGCGCAAUGGCUUGGUUACAAACAAGGCAAGAAACCGCUCAUUGCCGCUGCGUUGGUGACGGAUCAAGCUAUGGGCAUCGCUAGGAAGUUUAUUGAGGAUUUCGAGAACGGCGCAAAUGGUGAAGACUGUUCCUAUCACAAGAUGUUCGCCACAUUUUUCCUUGACUUGGCUUGUCGCAUGCACCAGUCAACGACCAGGACAGAGAUGGAGGGUGCCCGGACAGAGCGACUUGCUAACGGAAUCGUGCUGGAUCUUGAUGGAAUGGCCGACGUGAUCGACUGGAUGUUUCUUGACGCCUUCCUCUCUCUCCAUGAGGCGGAACCCAUCGUGGCUAAGCACUCAUACACGGACAAACAAUUUCCAUUCCCCACCACCUUCAAACUUUCCCUCCGAGACAAGUGCAUUGUCGGAACAUCUCUGCAGUUUCCCUCCGAGACAAGUGCAUUGUCGGAACAUCUCUGCUUGGCUGUCUCAUCCAUACCACUUCACACCAAAGGCCUGACGUGGUUUGACAGCAUAACUGGAAGUCUUCAGUCCAUGGUGAAGGAAAACCCUACGGACGUCCUUUUCGACGAUACGAAGAACGACGAUACGAAGGGCGUACCCUUCGGGUUCAAUGGUGCCAUCUCCUUCUCGACUGUCUUUGCGGCUCAGAUUCUGGUCGACAUACAACGGCUUCUCUGCGAUGAAGGGCUGGCGCAAGCUGCGAUUGAGGUGUUCGCCACCAUCAAAGCAUUGAAGUCGACCAGUGAAGCAACCCUCGACUGGACCAAGAACAACGUUCACCUUAAGACGCACGCGCAGACGGCUCUUAAAGUAGUCGAAACAAGACAGCGUGAUCUGGCGGCCAUGUUCGAUGUGUGCCGAGAGGAAAGUCAUAAACGCAUCGUUGCCAGAAACCCUGUUAUGGCUGGCCUUGCCGUUUUCCACCUCGUUCACAACCACUAUGUCUGGGGCUGCCACUUUGCGGAUUCCCUUGGAGUCUUGGAGACGGUACACUGCUAUAACGCUGCAAGACAGGAAGGCGCACUGGGAAUCGCCAUACCCGACUUGGACUUUCUAAUAACAAAGCACACCCCCAAAUACCUAUUCCUGAGCGACUUUCCAAGAUCAGGCUCUCAGUACUUCAAGAUCUUCCUGUUGGCUUCCGGCGGCACAGUUGUCUCACAGAAUUUCGACUUCGAAAGAUGUCGCUUUUUGUGUAAUCAUCUCACUGAGCUGCUGAAUUUGCUGUUGGUGUUGAGUCGUCAGUCGUUGAAAGAUCGGGAUGAGGGAGUCGAACACCUCCAGCUGAUCCUUGCCGUCACCAAGAAAUAUGGCCACGGAACAAAGCAUCUCCGGUUUGACCCCAACGACCUCUCGAUCAACGCCGUGGACUUGCGAAAGUUGCUUGCCAGAGAACCCAAGCUGGGACCAAUGGCCCUGCUCACGGACCUCAGCUCCGCUGUGGAAGAUUUGCUGCCCGAAAUCUAUUUUGACUACUCUGUUCUCGCCUGUCGCUGUUCCGACCUGGCACGUUCAUUCGAGCAAGAAAUGGACCGAAAGAUCUCCAAGAUCUCUUUUCUGAUGCAGAACGGCAAUGUCGACAUGUACACUGCGCUCGCCCGAGUCUUCAGAGAUCUAGAACUUUAUGAUCAUGAGCGGCGAAAACCAGCACGCAAGCAAUCGAAGAACUUCCACGCGUACAAGACAUCCGUGGAGGUGGUCUCGCAGUUAAUGAAGGAAUGGGCGGAGACUGAUGGGAAGUCGGCGUCUCAGCAUCUCAGGAAGAGGUUUCCAAACUUCAAGUUCGAGACAAUUGAUUUUGCAGCCGUGGUGAAAGGACCUUCUGUGGGCAUACCAUGGCAAGAGCGGACGGAUGAGGGAGCAAAGGCGCCACGCGGACUCAGCAAUGCCGAAAUGGAACAGAUGAAAGGAUUGGCUAAGGGAAAGCAGGAUCCCAAGAUGUGA